AUGGAGGCCCUCCGCCAACUGGAAGAGAACAUGGUGACUGCCCCAGUGUUUGGCCCGCAGCCACGACCACCAGUCAGGGAGUUGAGUCUGGAAGACUUCCUGAAACACCAUCCCGUGAAGUUCAACCGGAAGACGAGCCCAGACGCAGCAAACCAAUGGCUGAAGGAUCUAGAGAGGAUCUUUUAUGCGAAAACAUGCCCAGCGGAGAACAUGUUAGCUUUCACAGUAUACAUGCUCACCGGGGAGGCUGAGCACUGGUGGACCAGUACCAAAUCCAUCAUGGAGGAGAGAGGCAAGUCGGUGACGUGGGAGGCCUUUAGGGGGAAAUUCCUCUCGGAAUAUAUCCCAGACAGCAUUCGAUAUGCCAAGGAGGUGGAAUUCCUCCAACUGACCCAGGGAGGGAAGACGGUGACCGACUAUGCUGAGAAGUUCAAGCACCUCAGCCACUUUUAUACCUUGCCGCUCGAUGAGGAGUGGAGAUGCCAGAAAUUCGAGAACGGCCUCAGGGGAGAUAUUCGCUUGAUGGUAGCACUGUGA